CCUUCCUUCUUCCCUCCUUUCUUCUGUUUCUCUCAUUCAUUCACGCUUUUCUUCCUUCGUCAUCAUCAUCAUCACCUUCUUCAGUUACCCUCAUUUUCACUAUAUAUAUAAUAACACUAUUUUUCUUGUCACUAUUCAUUCAUAGCUACUUCACAUUUCAAUGGAUUCUCGUGAACCAAUACCACCACAUUCUCAUCCUCAAUCCCAACCUCUUAACAUUAUGUUGGUGGGGCCCAAUCCUUUCGCUAACAAUGUCCCGACUACAUUGAUGGCACCUGCUACUGCUCGAUUCCCUCCGUUUAAUGUCCCUUCAACUCAUUCUGAGCCUUUCAAUGAUAACCGUUCCUUGAAGCCAUGUGAUACUGUGGCAGUCACUCCUUCUGAGUCGUUAAAGAAAAAGAGAGGUAGGCCAAGAAAGUAUUUUCCUGAGGGUAAUGUUUCUUUGGGCUUGGGUUCUGGUUCUGCCUCGGGAUCAGGAUCAGGCCCGGCCCGUCCACCACCCAUUACUACUACUACUACUACCAUUGCUUCUCCUACUUCUUCAACUGGAAAGAAGAAAAGAGGAAGGCCACUUGGCUCUAAAAAGAAGAACAAACAGCAGCAGCAAUCAAUGUUUGGAGUUUCUGGCUCUGGUGUUACUCCUCAUGCUAUCGUUGUCAAUCCUGGCGAGGACAUUGUUGCAAAACUUACUGCCUUUCUUAAGGGAGGGCCUUAUAAUGACAUGUGCAUUCUUGCUGCCCAUGGUACAGUCGGUAGUGUCAGCCUUUAUCAGUCAGGGGGUAUUGUGAAUUAUGAGGGCCAAUUUGAACUUAUAUCCCUCUCAUGUAACCUGGAAAUAUCUGAAAAUAGCAGUGGUGAUAAGAAAAUAAGUAGCUUGAAGGUGUCUCUAGCGGGUUUUGAUGGACGCCUUUUGGGAGGUGUAGUUGCUGGAAAGCUUACCGCGGCAUCCUCUACCCAGAUCACAUUGGGUGGUUUUACUCUGGGUGGCAAAAAGCUUAGCUCAAAUGACCUGAAAUCUGGGCCUUCUUCAACGUCUCCUUUUGUUGCUUCCGGGACUCCAACCAGUCCUACCUCUGAAGAGCAUUCGAGCGGCGAUUCCUCUGGUGAUGGCGAGAAUAGUCCUUUUAGUCAGGGGCCUGGAAUCUACAACAAUGCUGAUCAGUCUGGUCACAAUGUGUCAAUCUACCAACAACUGUGGGCGCGCCAAACUCAGCAGUGAAGAUGGGCCUUUUCAGUUUAUCGGUGCAGGAGCAGGUUAUUUAGAUGGUGGUUGUUCAAAGUUGUGGCUGCAGGUAGAAUUAUAAAAUGGUAACAAUGACAUACAUUAUUGGGGACAAAUUUUAGGAGAGUUUAUCUAUAUGUUCUAUAUCCGUUUAUCUUUAUUUUUCUGUUGAUUUGGAUUUUCAAAUCUUAUAUGAAACACUGCUAGUGAGGGUAGCUUUUGGUUUCUGAGCUUAUUGCGGAUUUGAAACCGUUUGUGACUCUAUUAGAAAUAUAUGAGAUAUGCACCUUCUCUUUUGAGCUGCAUAUUUUUAUUUUUCA